AUGGAUCAGUGUGAGGACAGAGAGGAGGAAGUCCCUCCCUCUAAAAGUGCCAGAGAGAGCCAGACCAAAGCUCAGAGAGUGGACCAUGAGAGUUCAAAGGUUCCCAGUGGUCAACCUGCCAAGCAGCAUCAAGCACAUUUGGACUCUGUAUUUAUGCUGCUGGAGGACAACAUCAUGACUUUUGUGAAGAAUGAGCUGAAGAAGAUCCAGAAGUCUCUGAGUUCAGAUUACCCAGAAUGCUUAGGGAGCCAGAAAGAGGAUGAGGGGGUCUUAGAGGAUGAAGAUAAAGAGGAGACCAGGAACAGCAGACAAGCAUUUGUGAAAAUAACGCUGCACUUCCUGAGGAAACUGAAGCAGAAGGAACUGGCUGACUUUCUGCAGAGCAAAAUAUUUGCUCCAGAUUUUCAACAUGAACUCAAAUCUUCACUGAAGGAGAAGUUCAAGUGUGUGUUUGAGUGGGUUGCUAAAGCAGGAAACCCAACCUUUCUGAAUCAGAUCUACACAGAGCUCUACAUCACAGAGGGAGGGACCGCAGAAGUCAAUGAUGAACAUGAGGUCAGACAGAUUGAAACAGCAUCCAGGAAAUCAGAUGGGGAAGAUAAAACAAUUAGGCGAGAAGAGAUCUUUAAAGUCUCACCUGGAAGAGAUAAACCAGUCAGAACAGUGCUGACAAAGGGGGUGGCUGGCAUUGGGAAAACAGUCUUGACACAGAAGUUCUGUCUUGACUGGGCUGAAGACAAAGCCAACCAGGACAUCCAGUUCAUAUUUCCAUUCACUUUCAGAGAGCUGAAUGUGCUGAAAGAGGAAAAGUUCAGCUUGGUGGAACUUGUUCAUCACUUCUUUACUGAAACCAAAGAAGCAGGAAUCUGCAGCUUUGAAGACUUCCAGGUUGUUUUUAUCUUUGAUGGUCUGGAUGAGUGUCGACUUCCUCUGGACUUCCACAAAACUAAAAUCCUAACUGACCCUACACUAUCCAACUCAGUGGACGUGCUAUUGAUAAACCUCAUCAGGGGGAAUCUUCUUCCCUCUGCUCGCCUCUGGAUAACCACACGACCUGCCGCAACCAAUCAGAUCCCUUCCUGUUGUUUUGACAUGGUGACAGAGAUCAGGGGGUUCAAUGACUCACAGAAAGAGGAUUACUUCAGGAAGAGAUUCAGAGAUGAACAGCAGGCCAGCAGGAUAUUCUCCCACAUCAAGACAUCACGAAGCCUCCACAUCAUGUGUCACAUCCCAGUCUUCUGCUGGAUCACUGCUACAGUUCUGGAGAAUGUGCUGAAAACCAAAGAGAAAGGACCCCUGCCCAAAACCCUGACUGAGAUGUACAUCCACUUCCUGGUGGUUCAGGUCAAAGUGAAAAAAGUCAAGUAUGAUGGAGGAUCUGAGACAGAUCCACACUGGAGUCCAGAGAGCAGGAAGAUGAUUGAGUCUCUGGGAAAACUGGCUUUUGAUCAGCUGCAGAAAGGAAACCUGAUCUUCUAUGAAUCAGACUUGACAGAGUGUGACAUCGAUAUCAGAGCAGCCUCAGUGUACUCAGGAGUGUUCACACAGAUAUUUAAAGAGGAGAGAGGACUGUACCAGGACAAGGUGUUCUGCUUUGUUCAUCUCAGUGUUCAGGAGUUUCUGGCUGCUCUUCAUGUCCAUCAAACCUUCAUCAACUCUGGAGUCCAUCUGAUGGAAGAACAACAAACAGGGGCGUACUUCUACCAGAGUGCUGUGGACAAGGCCUUACAGAGUCCAAAUGGACACUUGGACUUAUUCCUUCGUUUCUUCCUGGGUCUUUCACUUGAGACCAAUCAGAGUCUCCUACAAGGCUUGCUUACAAAUACAGGAAGAAGCUCACAGACCAAUAAGGAAACAGUUCAGUACAUCAAGAAGAUGAUCAGUGAGAAUCUGUCUGCAGAGAAUAACAUUAACCUUUUUCACUGUCUCAAUGAACUGAAUGAUCAUUCCCUUGUAAAGGAGAUCCAACAGUCCCUGAGAUCAGGACAUCUCUCUGCAGAAAAACUGUCUCCUGCUCACUGGUCAGCUCUGGUCUUCAUCUUAUUGUCAUCAGAAAAAGAUCUGGAUGUGUUUGACCUGAAGAAAUACUCUGCUUCAGAGGAUUCUUCUGAGGCUGCUGCCAGUGGUCAAAGUUUCCCGCAAAGCUCUACUGACUGGCUGUAACCUCUCAGAGAGAAGCUGUGAAGCUCUGUCUUCACUUCUCAGAUCCUCAUCCUUUAGUCUGAGAGAGCUGGAUCUGAG